AUGGUAGUUCGACCUUUCCCUUAUUGCGGGGGCGUACCUCAGCAAUCUAGCAAUCCUUGCCAUCUACGAGGGGACGCGCUGCUUCCGACAAGACCGAGAGAUUUAAGAAGAUCGUGCAUCAAAAGGGCUGAAGUACGCCCUACUGAUUCCUGGAAUCAUUCGGAAUUCCGGGUGUUCGCGCUCUCCGAUUUGCACACCGAUUACCGCGAGAACAUGAAAUGGGUCGAGUGCUUGUCUGCCAGCAAGCAUCGGAAAGAUGUCCUUAUCGUGGCCGGCGAUGUAGCGGAGACGUACCAGAAUUUCUACUUGACCAUGGCGCUUUUGAAGGAGAAAUUCGGGCAUGUUUUCUUUACACCGGGAAAUCAUGAUCUCUGGUGCCGGCGGGAAGGAGAGGGUUAUCAUGAUUCUCUUGAAAAGCUGAAUAAAUUGCUUGGUGCUUGUAGAGGGCUUGGAGUGGAGACCCAGCCUAUGGUCAUUAAUGGGCUUGGAAUCAUUCCUCUGCUCUCCUGGUAUCAUGAGAGUUUCGACAAAGAAAUCAACAUUACUGGCUACAGAAUUCCACCCCUGGAGAUGGCAUGCAAAGACUACCAUGCAUGUAAAUGGCCAGAGGAGCUAUCCAGGAGAGACGAGUCCCUGUCUCUACAUUUUGAUGCAAUGAACAAGGGAAAUGAGGAGAAAAUCAAGAUGAUUCAGACCACUUGUAGCCAUAUGAUCACGUUCUCUCACUUUGUUCCUAGGCAAGAGCUAUGUCCAGAGAAGAGAAUGCUUUUCUAUCCGAAUCUCCCCAAAGUCAUCGGCUCAGAUAGCCUGGAAGACCGGAUCAGGUCAAUCCAUGGAACUGAGGGGAGCCAAUACGCAUGCCAUGUGUUUGGUCAUACACAUUUUGUUUGGGACGCCACGCUUGAUGGUAUCAGGUACGUUCAGUCGCCACUGGCUUACCCAAGAGAAAGGAAAAGGAGGAUGAACGGAGGCGAGAGCUGGUUGCCCUUCUGUAUAUAUGCCGAUGGCGAAUUUACUGAUCAGUUGUCGCCUUGUUUUUGGUCGGAUUAUUACGCUGCCAACCCGAGGACACCUCAUGACACCCAACUCGCUCCUUGGGUUGCCAGGUUUUACAAGCAGACGACCAUAGCUAGCUGA